CAAGCAGAUACAGCGGACAGAACACACACACACACAUACACACACACAGAGCUGCUCGCGGACGCAGCAUCUCCUCAUGAUGAAGGCGGAGCGGGUCGCUGUUGACAUUCCUGUUUACGAUCUUUCACUGAUCCGGGACCUGUGGGAAGGACGAGUGAAGAAACACAGGCAGAGGCAGAAGAAGGAGGAAGAGCGCAUCAGUAAAAGUGCUCUGGCCAGGGUGGAUCAGCAGUGGCAGUACCGUAUCGCCUGCAGGAAGCUGAAGAGCACAGAAGUGACGGCGCUGCACACUUAUCUGGAGAGAUCCACACUGCAGGAGCUGCACACACACACCAGCGACAGCGACACAGAGAGCAACAAGUUGAUCUUUGAGCUGAACGGACAGAAAUGGAUGAAAUUACCUGAAGAUCUGCAGUUCAUGACGUUCCUGCGGGAGUGGCACAUCCACGGCACACGCAUCCCGGAGAUCCCCUUCUACAUCGAGGCCUUUGUGGAGCUGCGGGUGCUGGACGUCCCCAAAAACGGCCUGAGCAAACUUCCAGUGGAGAUCGGUAAACUGGUCAAUCUGAGGGAAUUAAAUGUGAAUUAUAAUAAACUGCUGAGCAUUCCUGCUGAACUGGGCGAGUGUGUGAAUCUGGAGCGCCUGGAGAUGACCGCAAACACACACCUGGCGGAGCUGCCCUUCGAGCUGAGUAAUCUGAAGAAACUCCAGCACCUGGAUUUGGCAGAAAACAAGUUUCCCAGCAUCCCCAUCUGUGUGCUGCGCAUGGAGAGUCUCAAGUGUCUGGACAUCAGCAACAACACACUCAAAGACCUGCCUGAGGACAUCGACCGGCUGGAGGCUCUAGAGAUGCUGUUCCUGCACAGAAACGCGGUGCGCUACGUGCCCAUGAGCACCAAUAACCUCCUCCAUCUGAAGAUGCUGGUGAUCAGCGCAGACCAGCUCUACAGCCUCCCCUCACACUUAGUGGACAACCCCAAAAUCAAAUUAAUCCGCUUGUAUGACAACCCUGUAAAAGCUGAAGAUGAAGAGGAGAUGAACAUGGAUGCAGAAGCUCAGGACACGCAUGAGAAAGAGUUCAUGAAGACAUACAUCGAGUCUCUUCAGGACAGAGACACUCAGCCCUCAUACACCACCAAAGUGUCUCUGAGCUGCCUGCUGUAGAAGCACAUCGACUGCAGAUUUACUCCAGUGUGUUUCAACCACGGCUGAGCUUUAGUUUCUCAUUCCUCACGCAAUCAGAAGUGCAACAUUAACAAGCUGUUUGAGGGUUUGGAUUUCUUCUGUAGCGGCACUUAAGAAUUAUCCGUAAGCUGCUUUGGACAAAGGUGUCUGCUAAAUGACUAAAUGUAAUGUAAACGUAUUUAAAUGGCUCAUGAACUGAGAAAUCAAUAUUGCAUUGACCUUUGGAUAUAUAAGAGCGUACACACUGCAGAAGAAUGCUUUUCUUAGAGUUUUGUGUUGUUUCUAGGCUGAAUAUUUAACAUUUCUUUUAUAUACGUAAAUAAAUAUUGUUUUAAUAUCAGAAUUAAUGUCAAAAUUAUGUGUGUUUUUCCUUAAAACAAGCUAAAUAAUCUGCCAAUGGGGGAAGUGAGAUUAUUUUUAUGGUUGGAUUAUUUUAGUUAACCUGCUGGUAGAUUAUUUAACUUGUUUUAAGGAAAAAAACUCACUUAAUAGCGACUUUAUUAUUAAUAUUAAUGGACAUUAUAUUAUUGGAUAUCCAAAUAUCCAAUUUUUAAUAAUUAUGUGUUUGAUAUUUGGACUAGAAACAAGACAAAAAAGCUUAUAAGUAAGCAUUUCUGUAGUGAGUGUUGUGAUGAGGGUCAAAAACAGCACAAAAAUGGCAAUAACUUAUCAAUUAUGAUGUUUUAAUGUAAAAAUCUACCAUUAUAAGUAGAGAAAAGUACAAAAUAAAGCACUAAAAUAGUUCAUGACCCCUUUAAGAAGGCAUCAAUGACUCUUUUGAUUUAUAAUUCUUCUUUCUAGAUCCCAAUCCUAAUUGGAUGUGCUUUUCUGAGUUGCUCUCCAUUGUUUAGUUUGAUUUGAUGUGACCAAACGCUUCCCAGCAUGAUGAUGUCAGUGUUUUAUAAUGCAUAUCAUCAUCAUCAUUAUCAAGUGUAAUAUUACUGUAUUGUGAUUAAAUCUUUCUCAUGCA